AAUCACUUUCGCAAUUACAACUAUUACAAGCUUAUCCGUAUUCGCUUUUUGGGCGUGCAGCACAGGCCGUUUUCCUGGACUUGGCUGAAGAUGUGGUGCAUCGCAUGGUGGCACAGCGGUCGAGACGACGAGGACGACGACGAGGAGAUCGCUGGACCGGAGAGCAGCCACACCGGGGCCGGUUACGAAGACACGCUCACGCCGCUGUCAGCCGAGACGCCGCUUCCCAGCACGGUAUCGCGAUGUCCUUCCCUCACCGCGAUACAGGGGAUCGCCCUGGAUAAGACUGCGCUGCAGCACGAGUUAUACAAAAGGCCGGCACGGUCGGUCGACCUUAGAAAUAUUUCCAGCGAUACCAUUUAUACGAUUCUAAUCAAAUUGCCGGGUAACGGCGGGAAAUUCACCGAGGGGACGAGCAUAAGGAUGAUACAUGACGAGUCCAUGUCAAUCCAGUUGCACCCUAUGAUGGAAGACAGCGAAGAUGACGGUGGUGUUGGCGGUAGCGGCAGUGGUGCCAGCAAGCUCUUCCGUCUCGGCGGCGGGUCCGUGUCGAGCCCAUCGACGGUGACGAUGAGGAGGCCAUCGCAGAUGCCGGACAUCAGGAUACCGUUGAAUGCGAAGAACAUACCAAAGGCUCUGACGACUGGCAAGGGAAUACUGAACAAACAGCCGAACAAGAAAAAGAAGAAGAUCCAGGAGAAGAAGGCCGAUCGAAAGGCUGCGAAAACGCUGUCAGCUAUUCUAUUGGCAUUUAUCAUAACGUGGACCCCAUACAACAUCUUGGUACUCCUCAAGUCCAUCACCGCCUGCUCGUGGUACAUACCUCAGGUGCUGUGGGACUUUGUUUAUUACCUUUGUUACAUUAACAGUACUGUGAACCCGAUGUGCUACGCGCUGGGCAACGCAGCUUUCCGCAGAACCUACGUGAGGAUUCUCAAGUGUAAGUGGCAGAGCAGGAACCGCGGUACCGGUGCGGUUGAUCGGGGAUGACAUCAGUAACCCAUCGAUGCGCACUUCGAUCUUCUCGCAUCGAGGAGGGGAGCAAUCUCCUCUCCAUGCUUCCGAUAUCAGCACAUUACAGAAUUGGAAGUCAACGACCACGCGCGCGCGCGUGUGCACACA